GAAAGCAACAAUAGAUAAAAAAGCAGUUUUCUAAAAUCGCGACCAACAAAUUCGUGCGAUCGUGGAAAAACUCAUCAUCCCUGGGCUUGCCAGGCGCCUGUCCCGACAAUGGAAAGACGGAUAAAGCUGAAAACAUUGAAUGAACACAUCACGUGCGAAAUUUGCCGAGGCUAUUUCAUCGAUGCAACCACCGUAACCGAGUGUUUACAUACGUUCUGCAAAAGCUGCCUAGUGAAACAUUUAGAGGAAAACAAUACCUGCCCAACGUGUGAAAAUGUUAUCCACCAGUCGCAUCCGUUGCAGUACAUCAGCUUCGACCGCACGAUGCAGGACAUCGUGUACAAGCUGGUGCCAAACCUUAUGGACAAUGAAAUGCAACGGGAGCGGGAGUUUUACAAAACACGGAACCUGCCUUGUCCGAAAGAUAUGCCGCAGGUGCACGACAGUGACGAUAAAGCGAACGAGCAGGCGCACCAGGAAGCGGACUACCAUCGGCAGGACGAGCAGGUUAAUGUGUGCCUCGAAUGUUUCAAUGAUAAGCUGCGCAACCUGAAGCGAAGGUUCAUACGGUGUAGUUCGCAGGCCACGAUAACGCACCUGAAGAAGUUCCUCGCGAAAAAAGUACUGAACGGUAUCGACCGAUAUAAAGAUAUCGAUAUCCUGUGCAAUGACGAGCUGCUGGGAAAGGACCACACGUUAAAGUUCGUGUACGUCACGCGGUGGCGCUUUAAAGACCCACCGCUCAAAUUACAAUAUCGACCACGAGUUGACCUUUAAGUAGGGCGCGUACCGAACAACGGAAGUUCUAUUCAGCCUGUCUAAGAGUUACGGAGGGCUAUGUAGAUAAGAGAUUUUUAGAUGUGGGUGUGGACAAGCGUUCGUCCUUCAGUAGUUGAUGCGCAAACCCGAGCGUUGUGAUAUCAGGAAGGUUUUUCGCGAAAUAGCACGUGUGGGCAACACGAAUGGUGGCAAAAUGCUUUUGCAUUCCCACCGCCUUCGUGUUAUACCAUCAAUAAGCAAAAGGAAGGAGUCUCGAAUGGUCACAUGUUUAAACAGAGGAGAGAGAGGUAUAGAAAAGAUUCGUUUUAUGCUCUAGAUUUAUUUGUUUAUGUGUUAUUUAAGCAAUGUGAAUGUACAUAAGGACGUGAACAUAAAGUAGACGAACUCCGCGCGGACAUUGUUGCUACCCCAAGAAAGGUUUUACAUCGCGAACGGGUCAGCGUUAGACUGCGGUCGCACACAAAAACCAGAUAAAUGUGCGAUGAAAUGUAUAGAAAAAAUCAGGAGAUCGCGGCGCGACGAGCAGCUAGCAGUAGUGGUGCACAACGAUGUACUUGUGCGUGUAAUAAUUCUCAAUUUGCAAAUAGAAGAAAGUGCGUAGGGAGCGAUGGGAUCACCAGGAUCACUCAAGCAUGACGUAGUAGAAAAGAUGAUCUGUAUAAGUAUUACAAUAAAUUUAUAUU